AUCGACGUCCAGCUGUCAGACUAAGUAACCCGCCUUGUGGCCGCACGAUUAGACUUGCGCAUGCCCUUUAGCGGAGUUGCUUAGCGACUCGCGGGUUUUUGAGUCAUUCCUGCCACUCUAAGGGAUCAAUAGAAGGGGCAGAACAGCCUACCAGAUACCUGGAGUGCAGCAUCGACUUCUCCUUGUCCGAGACUUGCGACGGCUUCCAAGCCAAGUGUCCGUACUGUACCGAAGAUUUACUGAUAGGUAACAACAUGUCCCUUCGUCGAAAGUCGUGCGACGCAUGCUUCAAAAGGCGUCAAAAGUGCGAUCACUCGUUUCCUGUCUGCAUGACCUGCCAGAGGCUCAACAGGCUCUGCCACUAUCUACAUCCACCACCCGAAUCUGCAAAUAUUGCAGUGCCAUUUUUCCAGGAAGCCGGAAGCGGUAGUGCUGUCUACCAACCUGCCCUUGACCAAGAAGCAUUACAUGAUUUCUUCACUAGCAACGUGUCUGAUGACAAUGAUCAAUUUCUUGAACAAGAACUAGGCUCAGGACCUGGCAGUCUCGAUCUCAACCUGGUUCACGCCACGCGUUUACAGGUGAUCUCGCCAGAGGUGAUGAGUAUUAUGAUACCCAGCCUGCUAGGUCCUCUCGGCGACUUAGAACCCUUGAUGGGAAAUACACAAACCUGGCAAUGGGUGGUUGCACACUUGAAAGCUUGCCCGGAGGAAUUUGCUCGGAGAGGGAAUAAUGUCUUCAUACACGAGCAGCUCUAUAUCCGUGCAUUACCACGGCCAGUACGAGCAGCCUUCACUGUUUCCGCUGCUGCAUGCGGGUCAAUGAACGAAGACAAUCGGACAAUGAUUUUCGAGGUCUUGGAUGCAGAAGUGCUCGAGAUUCUCCAGCUACCAGAUGACGAGGUGAUCCAAGACUUGGCGAAAUUGCAGGCGCUCGUGUUAUAUCACAUCAUACGGCUGUUCUAUGGCGGGGUAGAGCAACGAGUUAUGGCAGAAGCGCAGGAGAGUUUGCUGAUGACGCGAGCUCUGCGUCUCCUCCAGCGAGCUCAAUCCGAUAUUCGAGACGGAAAAUUCGAUUGGCAUAGCUGGAUUCUAGCAGAGUGUACUCGCCGGACGGUCCUCAUCGCGUUUCUACUUUGUGGUGUUUACUCGAUCUUGACUCGCGGCAUUUGUCUGACAUUUCCCACCUUGCAAAUGUUACCCGUGUCUUCCGAACCGACCGCUUGGCUCUCGCAGGAUGGGUAUCUUCAACUCGCCAAUCCGAACAAGACGGUGGCGUACAGUGAAUUCACCAAUGGUUGGCUUUGUGCGCCAAGAGAGGUGGAGUCAUUUGAGGAAUUGAUGUUGGUCGCAUGCAAAGGCGUGGAGAUGGUUGAAGCAUGGAGGAGUUUGGGCUACAACUAAGCAUUUUCCUUAUAUCCUUUAAGGUCCUUGAGACAACAGGGUCGGCUUGAACGUGACUCAGAUAGCUAUUGUAUUGGUGGCUGCUGAUGUUACAUGUAAGCUUCCACAGGUAGCCGCUAUCAAUCGAGGCUACGCGCGGAUUCUUCAUCUGUACAGUGAAUCACCCGCUUGGAAUUAGCAUCCUGUUUAGGUCAAAGGAGUGUAUUACUGUGGUUGAGGAUGGAUUUGGCAACGAAAUGGUUUGUGGAACGGAGGG